UUUCUCACAGCAUCUCGUUGAAUCUGCGCGAUUUACUCAUAGUUCCUGUUCAGUCUCCCUUACCUCUUCUUCAAGAAAACAAAAUGGCAGCAGAUGAAGGGGACGUGUCCACCCUGCCUCUCCCUGUCCAAGUGAUGCUAGAGAAGGGACUGAAAAUGGAGGAGCUGGAACCCACCAGUCUUGAGCCAAGGAAGAGAGCAGAAAACAGCUAUUGUAUUGUCCCAAGGGAGAGUAAAGGAGAUUGGGGGGAAAGAACAAUUCUGGAAGAUGUUAAACUGGAACCUCAGAAGCGACUACAACAGUGCUGGGACAUUCAGUUACAGGAGUUCCUGAAAAGAGUGGAGUCCCCCCAGUCAGAGUGGAGAAAUCCCCAGUUGUCAAGGCCCGUGCCAGUCAAUCAUACCAAAGCUUUCCUGCCAUGCCUCAAAGGGGUAGCCAACCCCAGCCCUGAGGGUUCAGCCCAAGUCCUGCCAGUCCUCAGCAAAGAAGGCCAAGAAACCAACGGUCAACUGUCAGACAACACCGAGGCAGAUGGCAGAGGAGUGAAAGAGGAGGAGCCAGAUAACAGUUCCACCAUCUUGGACAUCGAGCAGCAAGGCUUCUGGCAGUUCCGCUACCAGGAAGCUGAGGGGCCUCAGGCGGCUUGUCGGCAGCUGUGGCAGCUUUGUCUUCAAUGGCUGAAGCCAGAAAGGCACACCAAGGAACAGAUCCUGGAGCUGGUGGUUCUGGAGCAAUUCCUGACCAUUCUGCCUCAAGAACUCCAGAAAUGGGUCAGGGAAGGAGGACCACAGACCUGUGCUCAGGCAGUGGCUCUGGCACAGGGUUUUCUACGGAAGCAGCAGGAAGUUCAGGUACAUUGCACAGAAGUACAAGUUGCCACCUUGGACACAAGGCAGAGGUCCCUCUUCAAGGAAGUCAAAGAGGAGAGCAUCUGUGAGGUUCAGCACGAUGACUGUGAUGCCAGCUCCCUGGAUGAUAUGAAGCCCAGAGAUGAGCAGCGAAACAUACCAGAAAAUUUCAGCGAAAGGGAACCACACUGGACACUGCGAGGAAGCUGUCAGCAAGCUGUCUCCCACCUCCCUGAUCAGCAAGAAGUCUCGGAGUCCCAGCAGGAAAGCUGCCCGGACAAGGGAGGAGACAAACGUCUCCAGCAUGACCUUCAAGCAUGUGAAAGAAUCCCACCAGGAGGGAAACCAUAUACAUGCUCUUUCUGCGGGAAAAGCUUUAACCAGCGAUCAACACUUACCAUACACGAAAGGACACACACAGGAGAGAGGCCGUACGAAUGUCCUGACUGUGGGAAACGGUUUAGCCAUCGUUCAAAUCUCAUUGCUCACAAAACUGUCCAUACAGGAGGGAGACCAUACGAGUGCUCUGACUGCGGGGACAGCUUUAGACAUCGUUCCCAUGUCAUUGCACAUAAGAGGAUUCACACAGGCGAGAGGCCACACAAGUGCUCAGACUGUGGGAAAAGCUUCAACCAGAGGUCAGCCCUCACUGUACAUGCGCGUACCCAUACGGGAGAGAGGCCGUAUAAAUGCUCAGACUGUGGAAAAAGCUUUAACCAGAGGUCAAUUCUUACUGAACACGAAAGAACCCACACAGGAGAAAGGCCUUUUAAAUGUUCCGACUGCGGGAAGAGCUUCAAACAGCUUUCAGCUCUCACUGCGCAUGCACGAAGCCACACAGGAGAGAGACCAUACAUGUGCUUGGACUGUGGGAAGAGCUUUACUCGCAGCUCCCUCCUUAUUAAACACAGGAGGAUCCAUACAGGAGAAAAACCAUACGAAUGCUCUAAUUGUGGGAGACGGUUCAGUCAGCGCUCUCAGCUUGUCAGCCACGAGAAAACCCAUGCAGGGCAGAAAUCAUAUUGA